UUUAGCACGAGUCUACAAACAACGUAACAACCACUUCCUGUUUGAUGUGACGCACUUCCUGAUCGGUAAAAAAAAUGGCUUUGGAGACGGUACCGAAAGAUUUGAGGCACUUACGAGCAUGUUUGUUAUGUUCCUUAGUGAAGACCAUUGAUCAGUUUGAGUAUGAUGGCUGCGAUAACUGUGAAGCAUACGUACAAAUGAAAGGAAACCGUGAAAUGGUUUAUGACUGUACCAGCUCGUCCUUUGAUGGAAUUGUGUCUAUGAUGAGCCCUGAUGACAGCUGGGUGUCCAAGUGGCAACGCAUAACUAACUUCAAACCUGGCGUGUAUGCAGUUUCUGUCACAGGGCGACUGCCACAAGGCAUUGUACGUGAGCUGAAGAGUCGUGGAGUGGUGUAUAAAUCUAGAGAUACUGCCAUCAAGACGUGAAUGUCGGAGGGGGGUGUAGCCGAGAUUGGGUCUAUAUCUACGUCUUCUCUUCCGUUGGUUUUAUUUUCCUGUUUUGUUGCUAAAGCUGUGGUUUCCAUGCUAAUGAGGGAGGGUGUUGGCACUGAGCGGCCAAAAACAGACUUUUAUUUGCCUUCCCAUCAUACAGACACUUGAAGAGGAGGGACUAAAAGUGUGUGUGUGUGUGUGUGUGGGGUUCUUCGUGUACAAAAUAAACACCAUAAACCUCU